UUGCUUCGAGGCUUCUUGACGUGUCUGCGGGUGCGGGAGCAGUGAGGGAAGUUGAAGCGAUCCUCUCUGAAAUCAGACCAAUGCUGAGUGUUAUUUGUUAGGAACCAUGUCCCCGCUGCCGUGCGUCUGCAGCUCAACAUGCACUGGAGAAGCCACGUCGCUGGCAUCACGUUCAGCUGCGUUUUUGUUGUGACUCAUUUCACCAACAAGUUUGUACUGUCUGUGCUAAAGUUCACCUAUCCAACUUUAUUCCAAGGAUGGCAGACGUUAAUGGGAGCUGUGCUGCUCCUGCUGGCUGGGAAACUGGGCUGGGUGGAAAUGAGACACAUCAGCAGAUCUGCUGCUCUCUCCUGGCUCCCGGGCUCAUUCCUGUUUGUAGGAAACAUCUAUGCAGGGUCAAGAGCGCUCUCUCACAUCGACAUUCCUUUUUACUUCACCAUGCAGAAUUCCUCUUUUGUUGUGAGUUACAUGAUGAUCAGGAUUCUUCACAGAGAUAGGACAUCAUGGCUCAAAUCCAUCAGCGUCCUGCUGAUGCUGCUGUCGGCCAUCAACCUUCCCCUGUUUGACCCUCAGUUUGACUACAGUGCCUACCUGUGGGCCUUUUGCCAUCUUUUCUGUGUCGGUGCAUACAGGGUGUUUCACGUUCAGCACAAGGCCAGUAAUCUGAGUGAUAUUGAACAGCAGUGCAUUAACUACCUGCUCAGUGUGCUGCUGCUGGGUCUCGCUGCUCACCCCACAGGUGACCUCACAGGUGCCUGGGAGUUUACUUCUUUUAACUCCUUCACUUUCCAAAGCGGCUGCUGCAUCAGUGCUGUUUUGGGUUUUUUGCUGCUGUUGGUCACAGUCAGACUAAAACAUGGACUGUCCCUGGAACACGUCAGAGUCUGGGGCUUUCUGUCGAAGGUUUCCGCCAUGGCGCUCUCACCUUUUAUGUUCAACACGAAUAUCAACACCAAAACUCUUUUAUGCGUGAUCAUCAGUCACCUCGGAGAGGCCCUGCUGAUUUAUUCUGACAGAGAUCCUCAACUUUGAUAACAAAUCUCAACAUGUUCUAAACUUUUAUGUAAACAAGAUAUUUUUCUACCUUUUUUUCUCUAAUUUCCUAUCUUUUGAUAAAUCUGAUGAUUAAAUAAAA